CAGGGUUUGGGACGGGCGGCAGCAGGGUUCUCCUGGUUCUCCUGGUUCUCCUGGUUCUCCUGGUUCUCCUCUUUAAACGGACAGACUGACUCCGAUGUAAGACGACGUUAAUGCGACUCGUCUCCGUCCGUCUGCGUGUGGCGCCGUGUGGGUUAUCAACAACACAAGAGGCUGAGUGACAUUCUCUGCAGGAGGAGAACUGAGACUGAGAACACUCAAGAACAGGUGGAGAACUCUGGAGAACAGGCGGAGAACUCUGGAGACUGUUUGUAACCAGGAACCAGCUGAACGACCGGAGGUCAGCGGCUGAUCAGAGGAGGAAGUGAGAGCGCAGAGGGCUUCGGGUCGCUCUGCAGGAUGUCAGCAUGGCUCACCUGCUGCCCCCCAUCGGUACCGAGGUCUUCAGGCGCUUCACCCCAGCAUCCCUGGACCAGAUCCAGCAGAGACAGCAGGCCCAGGAGAAGGAGCAGGAGAGGAGGAAGGAGAAGAACAUCGAGAUACCAGAGGAAAAUCUUCCAAAGCCAGCCAGUGACUUGGAGGCUGGGAAGCCCCUCCCAUUUAUCUAUGGAGACCCGCCCCCUGAGUUUCUCAACACUCCAUUGGAGGAGCUGGAUCCAUUCUACCAAUCACAGAAGACAUUCAUCGUGCUCAGUAAAGGAAACGUCAUCUACAGGUUCAAUGCUGACCCGGCGUGUUACCUGCUGAGUCCCUUCAACCCGCUGAGGGUUCUGGCCAUCAAGAUCCUCAUUCAUUCAUUAUUCAGUUUGGUCAUUAUGGUGACAAUUUUAACAAACUGUGUGUUCAUGACAAUGAGUGACCCUCCACCAUGGAGCAAGACUGUAGAAUACGUCUUCACGGGGAUCUACACGUUUGAGGCCACAGUCAAAGUUCUCUCUCGAGGAUUCUGCGUUGGACAUUUCACCUUCCUCAGAGACCCGUGGAACUGGCUGGACUUCAUGGUCAUCAGCAUGGCAUAUCUGACAGAGUUUGUGGACUUGGGGAACGUUUCUGCACUGAGGACGUUCAGGGUUCUCCGGGCGCUGAAGACCAUCACGGUGAUACCCGGUCUGAAGACGAUCGUCGGAGCGCUCAUCCAGUCAGUGAAGAAGCUGGGCGACGUCAUGAUCCUGACCGUCUUCUGCCUCAGCGUCUUCGCUCUCGUCGGGCUUCAGCUCUUCAUGGGGAACCUGCGGCAGAAGUGUGUCCUCACCCCACCUUCACUCGGCAACCUCACAGCUGAUGGUUUCCAUAGCAACAACACCUACAGCAACGACACCUACAACAAUGAAACCUACAGCAACGACACGGAAAGCUUUGAUUACUACGAGUACAUCAACAAUCCAGACAACUAUUACUACCUUCCUGGACACCGUGAUGCUCUGCUCUGUGGAAACAGCUCUGAUGCCGGGGUCUGUCCGAAUGGCUUCACCUGUCUGAAGGCCGGGAGGAACCCAAACUAUGGCUACACCAGCUACGACUCCUUCGGCUGGGCCUUUCUGGCUCUGUUCAGACUCAUGACUCAGGACUUCUGGGAAAACCUCUUCCAGCUGACGCUGCGAGCAGCAGGUAAAGCCUACAUGAUCUUCUUCGUGGUGGUCAUCUUCCUGGGCUCCUUCUACCUCAUCAACCUGAUCCUGGCCGUGGUCGCCAUGGCGUACGCCGAGCAGAACGAGGCCACCAUGGCGGAGGCCAAGCAGAAGGAGGAGGAGUACGCUCAGAUCCUGGAGGCGCUGAAGAAGAGGGAGGAGGAGCAGGCGGCCUGCAGGGCGGCGCUCCUGGAAAAACAAGCUGACGACAUGAAGAACCAGGAACUGGAACACACAGCACAGGAAGAGUUCGAGGAAGACCAGAGACCGUGUCCCCCCUGCUGGUACGCCUUCGCCGACGUCUUCCUGAAGUGGAACUGCUGCGGCUGCUGGCGGGGGCUCAAGCGGUGGCUCUACAUGGUCGUCAUGGACCCGUUCGUUGACCUGGGGAUCACCAUCUGCAUCGUCCUCAACACCGUCUUCAUGGCCAUGGAGCACUACCCCAUGACGGAGGAGUUCGAGGACCUGCUGAGUGUGGGGAACCUGGUCUUCACCGGGAUCUUCACAGCUGAGAUGGUUCUCAAGCUUCUGGCCAUGGACCCAUACUACUACUUCCAGGUGGGCUGGAACAUCUUUGACAGCAUCAUUGUGACCAUGAGUCUGGUGGAGCUGGGACUGGCGAACGUCCAGGGCCUGUCGGUGCUGCGCUCCUUCAGACUGAUGCGAGUGUUCAAACUGGCCAAGUCGUGGCCGACCCUCAACAUGCUGAUCAAGAUCAUCGGGAACUCGGUGGGCGCUCUGGGGAACUUGACCCUGGUCCUCGCCAUCAUCGUCUUCAUCUUCGCCGUCGUGGGCAUGCAGCUGUUCGGGAAGAGCUACAAAGACUGCGUGUGCCGCAUCGCGGAGGACUGCGAGCUCCCCCGCUGGCACAUGCACGACUUCUUCCAUGCCUUCCUCAUCAUCUUCAGGAUCCUGUGCGGCGAGUGGAUCGAGACCAUGUGGGACUGCAUGGAGGUGGCGGGCCAGACCAUGUGUCUCAUCGUCUUCAUGAUGGUCAUGGUCAUCGGAAACCUGGUGGUCCUGAACCUGUUUCUGGCCCUGCUCCUGAGCUCCUUCAGUGGAGAUAAUCUGGCGGCUCCAGAAGAAGAAGGAGAAAACAAUUUGCAGAUUGCCAUAAACCGGAUCAACAAGGCCAUGACCUGGAUCAAGUCUUGGAUCCUGGGACACAUUUGGUCCUUAUUGGGGAAGAAGACUCCUGUGGACCCAGACCCGAGUGCAGUCAGUUGUGAUGAAGAUGACAGUGUGAUGAAGGAGGUCCUGUCUUUGACCCCUGUGACCCCUGUGACCUCCGUCAUCUCCGACCCAUCAGUGUCUCGUCUUGACCCAGAACCGAGAAGUAAAGAGGUUCACCUGACCAGCAACUACAGAAGCAUUGCCUCUCUGAGAGUCCCCAUGGCCGAGCCCGAGUCCGGGUCCGGGUCCGGGUCGGAGGAGGAGGAGGAGGAGGAGGAGGAUGGUGAUGAAGGGGAGCAGGAGGAGGAGGAGCAGGAGGGAGACGGACAGAAACACUCCAAAGACGACGACUCGUCGAUCUGCAGCACCGUCCAGAAGCUUCCAGAAGUCCACGAACACGACGAAGACGAGGAUGAAGAUCCUGACAGUCCAGCUGACUGCUGCACAGAGAAGUGGUACCGGAGGUGUCCCUGCCUGGACAUCGACACGUCUCAGGGCAGAGGGAAGUCUUGGUGGAACCUGAGGAGAACGUGUUUCUCCAUCGUAGAGCAUAACUACUUUGAGACGUUCAUCAUCUUCAUGAUCCUGCUGAGCAGCGGCGCUCUGGCCUUUGAGGACAUCUAUGUGGAGCAGCACCGGGUCAUUAAGAUCAUCCUGGAGUACGCUGACCAGGUCUUCACCUACGUCUUCGUGAUCGAGAUGGUUCUCAAGUGGGUCGCUUACGGAUUCAAGACCUACUUCACCAACGCCUGGUGCUGGCUGGACUUCCUCAUCGUGGAUGUGUCGCUGGUGUCGCUGACGGCCAACACUGGAUACUCGGAACUGGGAGCCAUCAAGUCCCUGAGAACCCUGAGAGCCCUGAGACCCCUGAGGGCCCUGUCCCGCUUCGAGGGCAUGAGGGUGGUGGUGAACGCCCUGGUUGGGGCCAUCCCCUCCAUCUUUAACGUCCUGCUGGUGUGCCUGAUCUUCUGGCUGAUCUUCAGCAUCAUGGGCGUCAACCUGUUUGCGGGGAAGUUUCAUUUCUGCUACAACGAGACGUCGGAGGAGGUGUUCUCUCCCCAGGAGGUGGACAACAAGUCUCAGUGUCUCAGUCUGAUCCAGCAGAACCUGACCGGGAUCCGCUGGAAGAACGUCAAGGUCAACUACGACAACGUGGGCAUGGGCUACCUGUCCCUGCUGCAGGUGGCAACAUUUAAAGGUUGGAUGGACAUCAUGUACGCAGCAGUGGACUCCAGAGAGCUGGAGUCCCAGCCGAUGUACGAGGAGAACCUGUACAUGUACCUGUACUUCGUCUGCUUCAUCAUCUUCGGCUCGUUCUUCACCCUCAACCUCUUCAUCGGAGUCAUCAUCGAUAACUUCAACCAGCAGAAAGCCAAGCUGGGAGGAACCGACAUCUUCAUGACUGAAGAGCAGAAGAAGUAUUACAACGCCAUGAAGAAGCUGGGCUCGAAGAAACCUCAGAAACCUGUUCCACGUCCUGAGAACAAGUUCCAGGGUCUGGUCUUUGACCUGGUAACCACUCAGGUCUUCGACAUCUUCAUCAUGGUGCUGAUCUGCCUCAACAUGGUGACCAUGAUGGUGGAAACUGACGAGCAGAGCGAGGAGAAGGAGUUCAUCCUGUACUGGGUCAACGUGGUCUUCAUUGUGGUCUUCACCAGCGAGUGCAUCCUGAAGAUGAUCGCCCUCCGGCAGCACUACUUCGCCGUCGGCUGGAACGUCUUUGACUUCGUGGUCGUCAUACUUUCCAUCGUCGGUCUCCUCCUCGCUGACAUCAUUGAGAAGUACUUUGUCUCGCCGACGCUGUUCCGUGUGAUCCGAUUGGCUCGCAUCGGCCGGGUGCUGCGCCUGAUCCGCGGGGCGAAGGGGAUCCGCACACUGCUCUUCGCCCUGAUGAUGUCGCUGCCGGCGCUCUUCAACAUCGGCCUCCUCCUCUUCCUCAUCAUGUUCAUCUUCUCCAUCUUCGGCAUGUCCAACUUCGCCUACGUGAAGAAGGAGGCCAUGAUCGACGACAUGUUCAACUUCGAGAGCUUCGGGAACAGCAUGAUCUGCCUGUUCAUGAUCACCACGUCGGCCGGCUGGGACGGCCUGCUCAGCCCCAUCAUGAACACGCCGCCGGACUGCGAGCCGGACUGGGAGAACCCGGGCUCUGCCGUGCGGGGGAACUGCGGCAGCCCGGCGGUGGGCAUCGUCUUCUUCACCACCUACAUCAUCAUGUCCUUCCUGGUGGUGGUCAACAUGUACAUCGCCAUCAUCCUGGAGAACUUCAACGUGGCCACGGAGGAGAGCGCCGACCCGCUGUGCGAGGACGACUUUGAGAUGUUCUACGAGACCUGGGAGAAGUUCGACCCCGACGCCUCGCAGUUCAUCCAGUACAGCGAACUGUCCCACUUCUGCGACACGCUGAAAGACCCUCUGAGGAUCCCCAAACCCAACACCAUCAAACUGAUCCACAUGGACCUGCCUCUGGUCCCCGGGGACAAGAUCCACUGCCUGGACAUCCUGCUGGCUCUGACCGCUCAGGUGUUGGGAGAUUCAGGAGAGAUGGACGCUCUCAAAGCCAGCAUGGAGGAGAAGUUCAUGGCCAACAACCCGUCCAAGGUGUCUUAUGAGCCAAUCAGCAGCACCCUGCGAAGGAAACAAGAGGAGGUCGCCGCGACCGUGAUCCAGAGAGCGUUCAGGAAGCACUCCUUCAGCGGACCCGUCAAACUGGCGUCCUACAAAUAUCGCGAGGAAGAGGACGGACGGCGAGACAAGCAGGCCCCGCCCGAGACCGAGGGGCUGCUGUGCGAACGCCUCGGCCAGCUGUACGGAGACGGCGGGCUGGCGGCAGCAAGGCAGCGUCCCGCUCGCGUGGAGCUUCAGAGCGAGUUCCUCCUCCACGCCGCGCCGCCACUCAGCGCCGCCAUGUUCCUGCGGGACGACACCGUGAGGGAGUCCGUCGUGUGACGGACGCCGCUCCCAUUGGCCCGUUUCCGGCUGGAUGCAGCGAGCGCCGCGCCGAGGCCCGACACGGAGAACAAAGACCGAUUACUGUGUUCUUAUGGAUCUGUGGUCGGCUGCUCGGGAGAACGUUACUGUCGCUUCGGUUCUCAAAACAUCCUCAAGUCGCCCGCUGUGAUCAGAGAAGUGCGUCCAGGAACGUUUGAGGUGCUGAAACUGAUCGACCUGAAGCCACACUGCAGCUCCUGAAGGCCGCCGAGGCGGCGGACCAGGCCGACGGCCGGUCCCGUCCGGGUCCAGACCUGGCUCCACACCUGAUCCCGACCUGGUUGUAGACCUGGUUCCAGACCUGGUGCAGCUCCAGCCUUCAGGAAACGUCCCUCCUUUGCUUGUUUGAACGCUGAGUGGAGAGUCAGUCCCGACGACCGGCCUCCCGGCUCACUCUGAUUGGUCGAUCCGGUUGCAGGCGAGCAUGAUUGUGAGUCAACCAAUCAGAACUCAGAAGCAAUCUGCUCCCGUCCAAUCAGAGCUGCUUCAACUGAUGGACCUCCACCUUAAAAAACUGGCACAAAGGUGAAGCUGUGAAGGAACUGAAGAAAACGUUUUAUUUGAACUAAGAAAUCUGAGCUUCAAUGAAAAAUAAGUUCUGUCCAUCAUGAAUAACUUCGCACUGAUCUGCACUCUCUCUCUCUCUCUCUCUCUCUCUCUCUCUCUCUCCCUCUUCCGGUUGUAUUUGUGACAUUGUGGUGAUGGUCUGUGAAGUUCAGCUGUUACUUAUUUUCUUUCUUGAGUCGCCUGCAGGUGACAUGUUUUGAACUGUCUUGUUGCUAAGAAACCAAAGUCAGGUGAUUGGUGUUGAGCUGUCAGUCUUCUGAUUGAUGAACUUUAAACAACAUUUUCAACCUUCAGUUAAAAAAAAAAAAAAAAAAACCUCAAAAGCAAUAAAGCUCUACACGUUUUCUUUAGCUGAGUCUGUCUUCACACUGGUUUUUCCUCACACUCGCUUGUCUUCACACUCCUUCCUUGUUUGGAACUGUGGCUGUGAGUUUGGCUGAAACUGAUUGAUGAUAUUUCACUGUGGGGAAUGCCGGCGAUCAGGACUCUAACAGAAGACUCAAAGGUGGACGACUCGUCCACGACUCGGCAGAGGUGGGACCAGUCUUUUCCCUCAGGUCCCGAGUCAAGUCUCAAGUCAAGCCACAAGUCCUGCACUUUCAGGUUCGAGUCUUUUCAAGUCACUUUGACAACAAAGGAUUGAUACACUGAAUUUACACAGUUUACGUAUACUUUCAAAAUUUACAUUCAUUAAAAUAAACUCAUUGCACUUUUUCUCUUUUUUUCAAUAAACUUUGAUGCUCCAGCUUUAAAAAUGUCUGCAUCGAUAUGCUUCAAUCCAUCCACUCUUUUCAUGAU